AUGGCGGCCAAACCGCAACCCGAGGCAAGAUCACUCUCGGACAUAAACCUCCUUGCCGCAAACCCACCGCAAUACCCGCAUCAUCCGGACCUGAGAGAGUCGCUCACUUUGUACAUCUCACGAGUCCCUGGCAAGCAAGACAUCAUCCUCUCGACGUUUCGGCCACAGAAGAAGAGCGUAACAGCUGAGGAUGUCACAAACGCGUUGUACUACAUUCACCUCAACACCCCGGAAGAUGAAAUGCUGGUUUCUCAGCAGCGGCCGACUAGUGUAAAGUCCCCUCGAUCAAGCUUUGAAAGCUCCAGGAGCGUAAUUCCGAGAAAGCCAUUACCUGAAUCCGCCAGAGUGUCAGGAGUGGCUGCCAGAUCAGGAGGAGGAGAUGCAUCAUCGGUGGCUCGCACCUCAGUGCCGCCCUUGUCUCGUCCGCCCCAGCCAAAUGCACAGAGCCAGAGCACACCUUCGCCAAUAGGUGCGCCUGUGGGAUCUGGGGAGUUAUCUGUUGGCGGGUACCAGGAGAAUCCCAUGUUUCGCCGGCGGCCAUCUGGCGCUCGGUACGACGCCCCGGCUCUCUCACCUUCUCCUUCAAUCUUGUCCACGUCCCCGCCGCCCUCUUUGUCACCCAUAAAUCGCUACUCAGAUGUUCGCACUUCCACGGACACUCGACCUGUUACUCCGAACUACCUUGAGUCACAGGGCAUCACUUCUCCCAAUCGACCCAACACAACAGGCUUGUCGCCAGCUACUAGUAGUCCCUCAAAAUUAAACAACCACCAGUUUCCGUCGCCGAGCCGAACGGGUCAACGACCGUCGUCUGUGUCCUUCUCUCUUACCAUUAUACGGCGAGACCCAACUUCCAACACACAGUGCAACGUUGGCAAAGUCUGGUCUUUCCAAACCAACGUGCCCACCCCCGAAAAUGCUACCCCAAACCUUGAUCCCCAGAACAUGGGCGAACUGCAAGCUCCAAAAAUCGACAUCCGUAUCGAGACGUCUGGUUAUGCUAAGUACAGAGACAUGCCGACCCCCGCGAGUGUCGAGGCCUUUCGUGCGGCAGGGGUAGAUUUACUUCGUCAGCAUCCGUUGCAAGUAGCAGCAGACGGCUCAAAUGAGGUAACCAUUCCAGCACUCAAACCAAAGCUGUUAUUGAAGCCUGUAGGCCGGGAAGAAGGCUUCUCUCGCCAGGUUUUGAUGUCAUACGGCCCGAGUUGGAGAAGCAGUUUCAUGAAAGCUUUCCACCGGCGGGAUGGCUCUGUUGGCGUCCCAAUUGGGUCUCCGCUGGAGGAUUCGUCUGGCCCAAAGUCUUUUCACAUUCGACAUGGCAGCGCAUCCACCAUCAUGUCGAUCGAUUCUAUUGACGGAUCUGCCUCUGCCCCUCUCAUCACAGAGCCGGGGCCGGGGCUUAAACCAAAGGGUUACGUCUUUGUGAGUCCAUGGGGUGGCAGAUGCGAAUUCCGGACAAGCAGCAAUGGGCGAAGCCUCAAAUGCAGGCACAUUCUGGAUACCGCCGCCAACUCGAAGCUUGACCCCCGCGAGCUUGCCCACCACAUUCGCGAUGCGCAGGCAAUGGGACGCUCGCGCGGGGACGAGCUGUCUUCCGCUUUGUUAGGCGCCAAGCUAGUAAGCGAGUUGCGGUUCAAUCUCCCAAGCAAGUCACACCAGAGAACGAGCAGCCGCGACAUAGGGGCGAUCAAGACAAACCAGCUGUCGGAGCAGUUCAGCAAGCUGUUACAUCAGAAACCGCGGGCACAUGCAGACACUGAUGACGAAUGGGAUGAUGACGAUGACUACGACGAUAAUGGCGACAGUGCAGGACUAGAUUUGAGCUUGGGGAGGGAACAUGCAGGUGGCGGGUCGCGAGGACGGAGAGCAAAGCUAGUUGAGCUCUCAUUGAUCGUGCGCGAAAACGACAACGAUAACCCAUCAGCUCGUGCUCUACCUUCCGACUACACGAUCGUCGCGUCGAGUCGCAUCCCCUCCACAAUGCUCCCCACACCAGCCGCUUUGCUGGUCACUCGCCAGCUCCCGCUCGCGCGGGUUCCCUCGACUCUCGUCCGCACUCUGCCCAUCCAAGCCCUUAUCGCGAGAAGAACCUACGCCACGCCCGCUGGCCCCCCGCCUAAGAAUUUCCGCCUGCCGCCCCCCAAGAAUUGGGAUGAGGAGAGCGAGAGCACGAUCGACAAAGUCGGCAAGUACUUCCUCAUGACCGAGAUGCUUCGCGGCAUGUAUGUGCUGCUGGAGCAGUUCUUCCGGCCACCUUAUACAAUCUACUAUCCCUUCGAGAAGGGCCCUAUUUCCCCCAGGUUCCGUGGCGAGCACGCUCUGCGCCGCUAUCCCUCCGGUGAGGAGAGAUGCAUUGCUUGCAAGCUGUGCGAGGCUGUUUGCCCCGCCCAGGCCAUCACCAUUGAAGCUGAGGAGCGUGCCGAUGGUUCCAGGAGGACAACUCGCUACGAUAUCGACAUGACAAAGUGCAUUUACUGCGGCUUCUGCCAGGAGUCUUGCCCUGUUGAUGCCAUCGUCGAGUCUCCCAAUGCCGAGUACGCCACUGAGACCCGUGAGGAGCUACUGUACAACAAGGAGAAACUCUUGGCCAAUGGUGACAAGUGGGAGCCAGAACUGGCAGCUGCCAUUCGUGCGGAUGCUCCUUACAGAUAG